AUGUCGCAAGUGCUCCCGGCGGCCGGCAGCGUCCUGCAGAGGAGCGUCGCGGCGCCGGGGAACCAGCCGCAGCCGCAGAGCCCAGACGAUGAUGACCGGAAGGUCCGAAGGAGAGAAAAAAACCGAGUUGCUGCUCAGAGAAGUCGGAAGAAGCAGACCCAGAAGGCUGACAAACUCCACGAGGAGUACGAGUACUUGGAGCAGGAGAACACUGGGCUGCGGCGAGAGAUCGCGAAGCUGACGGAGGAGCUAAAGCACCUGAGCGAGGCACUGAAGGAGCACGAGAAGAUGUGCCCGCUGCUGCUGUGCCCCAUGAACUUUGUGCCGGUGCCCCGGCCGGACCCUGUGGCUGGCUGCCUGCCCCGAUGAAGGCCGAGGCUCGUCGUCCUCUGCCGACGGAGGAGCCUUGGUCUUUUUCACACCUGGUGGGGGAAGGGCUCCCUCCGUGUCUGUGUCCAGGGGGAACCGGUGGCCAGGUCACCUCCUCGGAGCUCCUGGCCGUGUCCUCAGCACACAGCUACCACAGGACGCUCCCGAGGGCGCCUCUCGGAGCCCUGAGUGGAUCCGGGCCGGGAGGCCACUCUCAGGAGUCCCCUCAGUCCACUCUGGCAGCUAGUAGUUUCCAUGUUGUGCAGAAUUAUUUCCUCUAGAAUUUGGAGAAUAAAGGUGGUUAUGAUCUCUC